AUGGGACCGGUCCCUUCUAUGUUCGUCCAGCUGAUCAUCCAUUUCUCGCUCAUCUUUCUUCUGUUGGUCAACUGUUUCAAGAAACGGAAUCGUCGAAUCGAAGGGCCUUCUUUCACAGAGCAAGUUCAUCAUUUGUAAUGUUUGUGGAUUCGAUUUGGCACGUGGCCCCUUUAUAGACCCAUUAUCAGAUCGUAUGAAAUCAUUUUAUUCCCAGACAUGGCCUUUUAUGAGUAAUUUAAGAUCAAAGUCUGAUCUAUUGAAAAAAGAAAUUAAUUUUUGAAUUUUUAGGAAAGAGUCCCAAAAAGAAACCGAAAAAUUGGAUGACACCCAGCCAACGUCCCUCGAUGCCUCCGAAAGAACGACCAGUGCUUCGGUCGAUCGAACCACCACCAGUUCUUACCGUGAAAGACAAGUCGAAGAUCAUACCGGAGACACCUACAAGGAACUCAGACCCCGAUCAGAUGUCUCCAAGAAUCUGUUGAGUGUAGUUCAUCUGGACCGGACAGAUAUGAUUGUUCCGGCUGGAUUGAGUCAACAAGAACAGAGGAUUUUGUUGAGAGCAAUGUCUAAAGGAUCGAAGAGAGUGGGGCUUGACGAAGGACUCAAAGAAACGACCAUCGAUAAAGUCAUCACCUUCGCGACUUCUGAUGACAUUACGGAUUCUGAAAGUCCAGAUCCUCCGGGAAUACCAGGUAAGUCAUCGUUGAUUUAGUUAUCAUUGUAGAUGAUCUUCAACUCGAUGGAACUGUCCAUUUGGACAAUCUGCUCAUCAGAAUGAUCCAGAAUGGCCCCAGGCAAUUUAAGUUUGGUUUCAAUGAGCUAAAAGAUCUUUUGAGUCGCGGCACUGAUGUUUUUGCCGCUGAAUGUUCUCUUUUGGAUGUAAGUGUCAGUCUAUAAAGUCAGAAAUUUGAAUUAUCUUAGGUGAAAGUGCCAUGCGUAAUAUAUGGUGAUAUUCAUGGUCAAUACAGCGAUCUCCAUCGAUGGUUCAACCUGAAUGGAUGGCCAAAUCGGACUCGGACUGUGUUUUUGGGAGACUUUGUGGAUCGAGGAUCACAUGGGAUUGAAGUGAUUGCGAUGUUGACUUUACUCAAAUUGCAUUUCCCUGAUCGGAUAUUUGUGGUGAGAGGAAAUCAUGAAGAGGAAUCUUUGAACAAGGCUUAUUCUUUCUAUGAAGAAGUCGUCGCUAGAUUCGCUGAGGAGGAAUGUAAGAAAUAUACAGUAGUCUAAUAUUACCAUGAAAUCGAUUUUAAAUUUAUCUUAUUUUAGCCAAAGCCAGAGGUCAACAAAUGUACGAGUGCUUCAAGACGUUGUUCAUGAAUCUCCCAUUGGCCGUCUUGGUUGGAAAAAGAAUCCUAGGAAUGCAUGGCGGAAUCUCGCCGAAGAUGAGAUGUCUUCAAGACAUUAGGAAUAUAAAGAGACCCAUCGAUGACUUUGAAGUAGGAUCGCUGGAAUGUGAUCUGGUGUGGUCGGAUCCGGAUACUGGAGCGGACACUCAAGGAUUCAGACCUAAUUUAGAGAGAGAACCUCAGCACGGAAUCGGUCAAUUAUUUGGGCCAGAGUCAGUCAAAGAUGCCUGUGAUCGAUUGGGAAUUGAUUUAAUGAUCAGAGGACAUCAGGUGUGUGAUGAAUUUGAUGUCUGACAGCUAUGUUUACAGGCUCCUUUGUAUGGCUAUGCCUUCUUUGCCGAGGGCAGAAUGAUGACUUUAUUCUCGGCCCCAGGCUAUAAGGGAAGCAAUGAAAAUGAUGUGAAUAUGGGAGCUUGUGUGGAAGUCAACAACGAAAUGCUACUCACCAUCAAACAGGUAGUAUACAAGUAGUCAGAAGUUUAGAUUUCUUAAUUCUGUUGGAAUGAGAUGUGAUUCUUACAGUUGAAAGUGAGCACCAAAUUCCGGAAGAAUCGUGUCGCAGAUAUGGAAAGAGCUAAGAACCUCCGGAAGAAGAUUUUAAAGUAA